UACAGAGCUGAGAUCCACCGGCACUGCUCAUCACUUUGCCUACCUCCUCAACACAUCUGACUAUCGGAUCCUGCGUAUGGAUGAGGACCAUGACCGCAUGUAUGUUGGCAGCAAGGACCACAUCCUGUCCCUGGACCUCCAUGACAUCAACAAGGACCCACAUAUCAUCCACUGGCCAGUGUCCGAACGAAGAAGGAUGGAGUGCCUUGUGAGUGGGAAAGACGCCAAUGAUGAGUGUGCAAACUUCAUCCGUCUGAUCGAGCCAUGGAACCGGACUCAGCUGUACAUCUGUGGGACAGGAGCUUAUAACCCAGUCUGUACUUUCGUCAACCGUGGACGCAAGCCUCAGACGUCCAUGUAUCUGCAGAUGGCCCAAGCCAGAGGAAGGGCUAGCCGCGCAGCUGAACCCAGCGCGGUGCACGAGACACUUGGACUAAAGGAAGAAAUCUUCCAUUUGGAGCCGGGCAAAGUGGAAUCUGGGAAGGGAAAGUGCUCCUAUGACCCGAAGCUCAACAGCGUGUCAGCUUUGAUCAAUGGUGAACUGUAUGCUGGGGUCUAUGUUGACUUUAUGGGAACAGACUCUGCCAUUUUCCGUACUUUGGGGACAAAGACCGCCAUGCGAACAGAUCAGUACAACUCCAGAUGGUUAAAUGACCCCACUUUCAUCCACGUACACCUCAUCCCCGACAGCGCGGAGAGAAAUGACGACAAGCUGUAUUUCUUCUUCCGGGAGAAGUCCUCUGAGAUGGGCCAGAGUCCUGUGACCCAGUCCCGCAUAGGACGCAUCUGCCUGAAUGAUGAUGGAGGCCACUGCUGUCUGGUCAACAAGUGGAGCACCUUCCUGAAGGCCAGGCUCAUCUGUUCGGUGCCAGGGGCCGACGGCAUGGAGACGCAUUUUGAUGAGCUCCGAGAUGUUUACAUACAGCCAACACAGGAUACAAAAAAUCCUGUGAUAUAUGGAGUCUUCUCAGUCUCUGGCUCUGUCUUUAAAGGCUCGGCAGUUUGUGUCUACUCCAUGGCCGACAUCCGCAUGGUCUUCAACGGACCCUUCGCCCACAAGGAGGGACCCAAUUACCAGUGGGUGGCCUACACUGGGAAGAUCCCCUACCCUCGACCCGGCACCUGCCCUGGAGGUACCUUCACCCCCAACAUGAAGUCCACUAAGGACUAUCCAGAUGAAGUGAUUAACUUCAUGAGGAAUCACCCUGCCAUGUACAAUGCUGUGUACCCAGUACACAAGCGCCCCCUGGUGGUUCGGACCAAUGUGGACUAUGAGUUCACCACCAUCACUGUGGACCAGGUGACGGCUGCAGAUGGCAACUAUGAAGUGCUGUUCUUAGGAACUGACAAGGGAACGGUUCAGAAAGUCAUCGUUCUGCCCAGAGAUGACCUGCAGACUGAGGAGCUGGUCCUGGAGGAGGUAGAGGUUUUCAAGGUCCCUACUCCGAUUACAACAAUGAAGAUCUCAUCCAAAAGACAACAGCUGUAUGUGUCAUCUGUAAUAGGGUUGACCCAGUUGGCUCUUCACCGGUGUGAUGUGUACGGUGAGGCCUGUGCUGACUGCUGUCUGGCCAGAGACCCUUAUUGUGCCUGGGAUGGCAAGUCCUGCUCCCGUUACUCUGCCUCGCAGAAGAGACGUAGCCGGAGGCAGGACGUCAAGUAUGGGAACCCCAUCCGCCAAUGCAGAGGCUUCAACUCCAACGCAAAUAAGAACACUCUGGAGAUGGUGCAGUAUGGGGUGGAGGGAAGCAGUACCUUCCUGGAGUGUCAGGCCCGCUCUCCACAUGCUGUCAUCAAAUGGCAUCUGCAGAGAGAUAACAGCGAUCGCAGGAAGAG